GAGGUGGGGGAGGACGCCGGCGCCGGUGAGCAGCAGCGGCAGCCCAGCAGCAGUGGGGGCGUCCGGAGCGGCCGCAGUUUUCCAGAGGCACCGUUCGGUCUUUCUGCUGAGCCUUGGUCACGGCCCUCACCCUCCCCGCCCCGUCGGUUGUUGUCUGGGCGGAUAUAAACAGUCAAGUUAUAUCAAGCUGGGUAAUCAUGGCAGAAGGUGGAUUCGAUCCUUGUGAAUGUGUUUGCUCUCAUGAACAUGCGAUGAGAAGGCUGAUCAAUCUGUUGAGGCAGUCCCAGUCCUACUGCACAGACACAGAAUGUCUUCAGGAAUUACCAGGACCCUCUGGUGAUAAUGGCAUCAGUAUUACCAUGAUCUUGAUGGCUUGGAUGGUUAUUGCAGUGAUCUUGUUUUUACUGAGACCUUCUAAUCUAAGAGGAUCCAGUUUACCUGGAAAGCCAACCAGUCCUCAUAAUGGACAAGAUCCACCAGCCCCUCCUGUGGACUAACUUUGUUAUAUGGGAAGUGAAAAUAGCUAAACACCUUGCACGACCAAAUGAACGAAGAUGACCAGAGUACUCUUAACCCCAUUAGGACUGUUUUUUCUUUUGCAUAUGCAAUGUGGGAUGGUAUUGUUUUCAUGAGCUUCUAGAAAUUUCACUUGUGAACUUAUUUUUGCUUCCUGUGUUAUCACCAUUCCUACUUACAGUAUAUUUGAGUAAAUGAUAUUAAAAAAAGUUACAUGGGGCUUUUUUGGUUGUCAUAAACCUAAACAUUCCACUCAUUAUAUUUAACGGUGAUGAUUUUUGUGAUGGUUUCUGGCCUGAUUGAAAGAAAUUUGAGAUCUCUGCAUUUAAAUAUUUUAAAUAGUUUUGAUAGGCUUUAAAAUCGCUUUUUUGCGUAAGAUAUUUAUAAAGUUAUUUGGGCUUGUCUGAGUUGUAUGAAGGAAAAUUAGAACCAUACUGCAUUUACACUUACCGUGACAGUUUAUUUGUGGGUGGCUGUUUUCUCUUGUUCUUGGGACUAUGGCAGCCUUUUGAAUAUUUUACAAAUUUUAGCUGAUAUCUGUAUCAUCCGCUACAGCUGGCUUAUGUGGCUAGAAUUGGAGAAGAGAAUAAAUGGUUGCUUACUAACUUUUUUAGUCCCAUUAAAAAAUGUCUAAUGUUAAUAAAACUUUAAAUAAACAUAAUUGAUCAAUCUGGUGGAUGUUUAACUGUCCAUUAUAUGACACUUGUAAUCCACUGUACACUAGCUUUGUAAGGGUUCAUGAAAGCAGGAGAAAAAUUAACUCUUUCUGCCUUUGCCAUGUAUAAUCUAUACAGUAGUAAUUUAAGCUAUAAUUUAUUGUUAAGACUAGUGCCUCUCAGGAAGCUUCUUUUCUGUUCUGACACUUCCCUGUUAGAAUGAAACUCUCUUAAAGCUGUAUCGGGGGCCUGUUUGGUUACUGACAUUUGAAUGCCUGGUACUUAUUUACCUUGUUUUUUUAUUUGAAGAAAAAAAUUUUAAGUCCUUUGUUAUCGUUCUGACUUUAAAAUUUUUUAAUGAAUUCUCGGCUUACUCCAAGUGAAAAGGAAGAAAAUUAGAAUCAAGGAUCUUUUCCUCACCCCCUGUCUCAUCUCCUGUCUUGGUAAUGGGAUGGAUUGGGAGGGGGAUGAUCAUAAUGUAAGUAAAGUUUUGAAAUGUAUAAAAAAGUAAAAGGUUGCACUGUUCUACUCAGUUUGAAAAAAUACAAAUGGCAUAAAAAAUGUCUGCAUGACCUUUGUGGUUAUGGAAUUUUUUCCUAGCAAGUGAUUGCAGAUGACUUAUGUGGGCUAGAAGAUAUUUUGCUAUCAAUGUAAGGAUUUUUUCCCCAGAUCAGUCUAGCUUUUCAUUGUAUAGAUCUGAGAAAUUACUUGUAUGAAUUGAAUAAACUGCUCUAUAUUAUUGUACUGUUUAAUAGAAUCUCUGAUAUACUCAUUGAGUAUUCUUUUUCUUAACUAUGAUCACAUUCUAGGCCAAAAGAGCAUCAUUUCAUUUCAUUACAUAA